UCAACUCUGCCUCCUUGAUCUGCCAUCUCAUCUCAAUUCCGUGAUUGUCUCGAGUAAAAAGAAUUAGGACCUCCCCUUCGCGCUCUGUCUCUCUCUCUCCGCAACCUAUUGUUCUGGUUACUAUCUGAAACCCUACUUUCGGCGAACUUGUUUUUCUUCCUCUUUUCGUCAAGUAUCUUGAUUUGAGCUUGCAUCGGAGUUAGGGAGAUUUUCCUCUAUGGACAGCAGAAUAGAGCAAGGGAAUCAGAACUGGCUUUCUGCUGUGGUGCCGCUUAUGAAGCUUUUAACCCUUACUGUCAUUGGCCUCAUACUUGCGCACCCCAAAAUCCAGAUUGUUCCCCGUGCCACUUUCAAGCUUCUAAGUAAGCUUGUCUUCGCUCUCUUCCUCCCUUGUCUCAUAUUUGUACACCUUGGCGAAUCCAUUACCUUGGAAGAGGCCCUUCAGUGGUGGUUUGUGCCAGUCAACGUGCUCAUAAGCACGGCGAUUGGCUGUAUUCUUGGAUAUGUCGUGGCGGUCAUUUGCCGACCUCCACCUCAGUUCUUUAGGUUGACGGUGAUCAUGACUGGCUUUGGCAACACGGGAAAUCUGCCCAUUGCUAUUAUUGGAUCGGUAUGCCACAGCACAAAUCACCCCUUUGGCCCUAAUUGUAGUCGGACAGGCAUUGCGUAUGUCUCUUUCGCCCAAUGGGUUGCAGUAAUUCUUGUGUAUACCUUGGUAUACCAUAUGAUGGAGCCCCCUAUGGCAUAUUAUGAGAUCGUUGCAGAGGAAAAUGAGAUUGAGGAAGAGCUUGCUAUCAGUAAUAUCAGCAGGCCUCUGCUCCAAGAAGCUGAGUGGCCUGGCAUGCAGGAGAAGGAAACAGUGCAUUCAAAGACUCCUUUUAUUGCAAGGGUUUUCGCUAGCAUCUCAGGGUCAUCACAAAAUACCUUCCCUGAUAUUGAUCUAAACGAAGAGGGAGGUGUACUUGCUCCGAGCAGUCCAAAGUCUAUAAGGUGCUUGGCAGAGCCGAAGGUGGUUCGGAGAAUGAGAAUUGUUGCUGAAGAGACUCCUAUCCGGCAUAUUCUUCAGCCACCUACAAUAGCAUCUCUACUGGCAAUUAUUGUUGGGAUGGUUCCUGCGUUUAGGGAUUUUGUAUUUGGGAGUGAUGCUCCACUGUCAUUUUUUACUGACAGUCUUGAGAUCUUAGCAGGGGCAGUUGUUCCUUCAGUGAUGCUAAUUCUUGGAGGUAUACUUGCAGAAGGACCAAAUGAUUCGUCUCUUGGCAUCAGAACUACAGUUGGUAUCAUUAUUGCAAGGCUUUUGAUUUUGCCAUUUAUUGGAAUAGGGGUAGUGGCUUUGGCAGAUAGAUUACAUCUUUUGCUCCAAGAAGGUCAGAUGUACAGAUUUGUUCUUUUGUUGCAGUAUACAAUGCCGAGUGCUAUCUUGUUGGGAGCAAUUUCAAGCUUGAGGGGUUAUGCUGUAAAGGAAGCAUCAGCUCUGUUAUUCUGGCAGCAUAUCUUGGCUAUGUUGUCACUCUCUAUUUAUAUCGUUAUCUACUUCAAGUUGCUUUCCUAUGUAUGAGGUUAAAAUCUUUCAAACUUUUAUUGUAUGAAAAUGCAUGUGGAGAUUAUGCAGUCUUAUAACAUAGCGUAUUUACUACAUCCUUACCAAAGGAUUGGAUUAAAAAAAAAAAAAAAGCGUAUUUACUAGUUUGUGAAAUGACGCUGUGUUGAAUAAGAACUGUCAUUGAUCUUUUUCUAUAUGCUUCUUAUUUUAUGUUCACUUGAAUUGUACUAUUCCUUCAUUUCAUGUUCAUGUGAAGAUCUAGCGCUGCUUCACUCCUAAA